GCAGCAACUCUUCGAAGCUCUUUUUGCCGCAAGACCAACGCUAAAAAAAUAUUCGAGUCUGCAUGUCUGAUUACCUGCUUCGAAUAACGCUUCGCUCACAGUGCUUAGCGUAGUGGGGGCAAUAUAAUAUAUCUAGCCAGUUGUGGCACAGGUUAGGUGUACGUAUCGCGGGCAAAACUGGAGGCAGGUUUGCGGGCACGCAAUGGCGGUGGUGAAGGUGAACUUCGAUUCCUGGCUAAGCAGCAAGCUCCAGGAAUUGAAGACCGAUGAAAGUGUGUUCGGCGCCUACAUCAAAGGCAUUCUUGAAGGAUAUGAAACCGAGGACGAAAAGACUGAGGCACUGGAGGGCAUUCUCGCCGGCAUAACGGAAGAUGAUAUUGAAAAACAUGUCAAUGAAAUCCUUGAAGCUUGGGCCAAGUGGAACCAGACAAUAGAUGGCCCAGGAGACAGUGCUCCAAAAGAAGAUGUUGAUGUCCGGCUGGUGCGUAUGCUGGAAUCUCAAAACCUUCCAACCACUUCUCAUAAAAGUAAUCAUACAGAGGAGGAAAAAAGAAUAAAAGAAGCCAUAUUAGCUCAGUAUAGUCAAAUGUCAGAUGAAGAAGAAAGCAAAGGAGAAGGAGACGAUGAUGGAACUGCAGUUUGUGGUGGCGGAGGAGGAGGAAGUUCUGCUGGCGACUGUGGCAUCGAGAAAAAUACUAAUGUAACUAACAUAAUACAAGCUGAACGAGAGAAACGAGAGAGAGCCAAGCAAGAGAGUCAGAAAAAAAAAGAAAAAGAUAAAGAAGACAGGGAGAAACAAAAAUUACUUAAAGAAGAAAAAAAAGAGAAGCGUAAAACUCAAAAGGGUGAAAGAAAAAGGUAACAUUGAAUACAUCUCAACGAAAUUAUUUUGGAAACUUAGUCAAGAAGUGUUUCUGCAUUUCUUCUCUUUACUUACCAAAUUACAACUUGUGUCAGUUUGUUUUGAAAAGCAAAGUACUUUUUUCAACCAGUGUGAAUAAAAUGAUGAUCUCUAUAUCUCAAUGAUAAUGUUAUGUAAAAGUAUUUAUACAUUUAUUUAAAUUUGAAUGCUAAGGUAAAAGUUACUGCAAGAACUACAGGUACAAAUUCUAUAAUUUUUUUUAUCUAAAUUUUUUUUAUUUUGUCUUUUAGCACUUGUGUUCAUUCUAAGCAUUGACUUUUUCAAUGCUUAGGCCAUGUAUUUAAUGAAUAAUACGA